AUGCAAUUCUUCGGCGUGCAGCAUCUUGAGGGCUUUGAUCUGGAUUUGGGCCGAUUUCCGCACCUCUUCGACCGAGUUGCCCACGACGGUAACCGCUGCCCUCGACUUGGCCAACCUCUCCACGUCGGUGAGCUUGAGGUCGUCUUCGUCGUCCUCGUCGUCCUCAUCCUCCUCCUCGUGGCCGAUGCCGUUGUUGGCGGUAUGAUCGUUGUUGUUGGUCUGUUCGUCCAGCUCGGCCGCGGCCUUCAGGUUGCGGAUUGAGUCUGGCUUGGGCCCACUGUGACUCUCACGUGGCGCACUGACCGACUUGCGCGGGGCGCCGUUAACCUUCGCGCGCUGGAGCUGCAGUUGCUCGGCGAUCCUCGACAGGCUGUCGAUGAUGUCGUCCGUCUCCUGGGGUUUCCCCUCGGGCAAGGCGGAGAAGGUCGCUGGGGCGGCAUGA